AGUGCCUCUGCAACCUGCUCGUAGCUUCUCCGUUUUCAAUAUGCACCGAGCACUCUUCCUCUCUCUGCUGCUCUUCACGGCGGCCGCCACCGCCGACUCCGACACCAACUUCACCUCCGGCCGGCCGUCAUGGUCCACAGCCGCCGAGGAACCCGAUCUGGCCUCGCCGGAUGAUUCCGGCCCCGACGGCGGGUUUUCUUCCCUGGACAGCAUGUUGCAGUGGGCUAUAGGUAAUUCUGAUCCUGAGAAGUUGAAGGAAUCAGCACAAGCACAGCAACGGCUAUCACCUAAUGACAUUCAAAAACGCCAAAUGGAAAUCAAGGAAUUGAUGGAGAAAAUGAGGAUGCCGUCGGAUGCUGAGUUGAUGAAAGUUGCUAUAAGUGACUUGAAUAAUGUGUCUACUUCUUUGGAAGAUAGGCACCGUGCUUUGCAGGAGCUUCUUGAGCUUGUUGAGUCAAUAGAUAAUGCAAAUGAUUUGAACAAACUUGGGGGGCUUUCUGUGGUUACUCAAGAACUUAAUCACUCUGAUCCUAGUAUUAGGGCAGUUGCAGCAUGGGUUCUUGGAAAAGCUAGCCAAAAUAAUCCAAUUGUACAGCAGCAGGUGUUGGAACUCGGAGUACUCUCGAGGUUGAUAAUUAUGGUAAAAUCUGAUUCCACAGAAGAAGCGAAUAAAGCAUUAUAUACUGUUUCAGCUUUGAUUCGGAAUAACUUAGCUAGUCAGGCAUUGUUCUAUGCUGAGGCUGGAGGUUCAAUGCUUCAGGAUAUUUUGAGGAAUGCUAGUGUUGAUAUCAGACUACGGAGGAAGGCUGUGCUUCUAUUGGCUGAUCUAGCAGAGUAUCAAUUAGAACAUGUUGAUAAAGAGGAACCAUCAUUUUUUAGUGACCAGGAUCUUUUGAAGUCUGUGGUUGAUUUAACUAAAUCAACCGAGCUUGAUCUUCAGGAAAAGGCUCUUGUCGCGAUUAAGAAUCUCUUGCAGCUAAGGACCACUGAAGCUCGGGUUUUCAAGGACUUCUGUGCUUUAGGUGAUGCACUGAGUAGAAUGAGACAGUUGUUGCAUGAUUUAAUGGCGGAUGAGUAUCAGAAAGACUACGCAACGGAUGUGGAAAGUCUUCGGAUUGAAGUGGAACACAUUUUUCAUAGAAAGCUUGUAAAACAGUGAUAUGUGACAUGCUUAGGCUAUGGUGAUGACCUUGUAUCAUUAUCUAGUUUUUAGAAAACAUGUUUCACACAAUUUUGAUGCUGACAUGGAUAUUUGAUGAAAGAAUAUUAGAGGUGCUAAUUGUAUAGCUAUACAGGUUAAAAUCUACCAAUCCUUUACUAGCAUUUGGAGAUUUCUGAUUUAAA